UCUUCAAUCUCUCUCUCUCUCUCUCUCUCUCUCUCUCUCUCUCUCUCUACAAUGGAGAAUCAGCACCGACUGAAACUGCGAAUCUCUCGCAUGCUCCGAUCAUCGUUUGGGUCUUGCAAGUCUCGAAACAUCUCAGACGAUAUCGAGCGACCCAUUUUCGUACCCCAUCAACACCACCAAUUGAUCGAACUCUUCUCUCCCAAAUCCUCCGAAACUGAGAUCUGUUCUCGGCUCAAAGUUUCAGACCGAAACUCACUUCUCACUCCGCCCAACACCUUUAGCCGAAACUUCCCUCCGACAUCACCCAUUUCGCCUCUCAACUCGCUCUUCGAGUUUCAACGAUCAGAGUCUAUUCAGAACCAGAAAAAGCCAAGAAAGAAGAAAAAGAAGACAACCCAUUUGAUCAAAAAAGUUAGUUUCGAGUCUUUUAGACGACUUUGUUUUCUUCAAAGUCUCUAUCCUCCGGUUCGUCUGGCUCUUUUCGCCGGAACAAAGCCCGAUACCGGCGACGAAGAGCCGGGAAGGAGACCGAGACAGGAAUGGGUCUGAAUGUGGUGCCAUUGAAGGGGAAAGUGAAGGAUAGCUUUGCGGUGGUGAAGCGCUCGAGCGAUCCGUACAGUGAUUUCAGGACUUCAAUGGUGGAGAUGAUAGUGGAGAAGCAGAUUUUUGGAGGCAGAGAUCUGGAGAAUCUGUUGCAGACUUUUCUGUGUCUGAACUCGUAUCAUCAUCAUAGGGUUAUAAUUCAAGUGUUCAAUGAGAUUUGGGAGGCUCUGUUCUCUAACUGCUGUUGAAAACGAAACAAAAGUCUCUCUCUCCCUCUCUCUGUAUUCUUUUGGCUUUUUUUUUUAUUAUUAUUUUUUUUUUGAGGUUGUGUUUGGUUUCUUACUAAAAUUUUUGAACCAAACACCUAUGUUCUUAACUGUAUUUGAUUAUUGUACUAAUAGUCUAUUAGUCUCAAGCUCUUUUCAUGGUUCA